AUGCAGUGGCUCCUCCUUACCCUCAUCGUGUGCCUUACGGCCGGAAGUUAUGUCCAGGCCCGUCAGAUACGGAUCAAUCGCUAUGCUGUUAGUGUGCAGGAGGAUGAGGCGGCGGCCCAGGUGAGGGAGUUGAAGCCAACGCCGUAUCCAGCAGCAGGCUAUCGGCCGCAGGGACGUUCCUUCUGGCUUCCAGGGGAGGUCGAGACCGACGCCGACGGCGUCGCAGCUCCCAGUGAGGGAUCCGGCUUGGGUGCAGAGACUACAACAACGGAGGUGCCCAUUGAGGAUGCUUCGACUAGUACUACGGAGUCCGCCGACUGGAGCACCACUACAACAUGGGACUCAACCUUACUAGAUACCACCACCACAGCUCCUCCUACACCCGAUAACAGUCUCCGCUCGGGCAGGGCCUUUGUCAGGGCUCCCUAUCCGCCCGCGGGAUAUCGUCCAAGCCGCGCCUUCCGCCUGCCCACUGAGGAGAAUGCGGAGCAACAGCAGCAGCAGCAGCCCGAGGAAUCCCUAGCCAGCAAUUCCACCGACAGCAAUGCCGAUCAUCCGGUCUGCGGGGUAAGCACCAAUCCCCUGAUGCCCACCCCAGAGCCUGGGUCCAAGGAUGAGCCGGACUCGGAGAGUGUGGUGAUCACCGCAAAUCUGGGACCGGCUGUCCUCGUGGCCAGAGCUCCCAAGCCACCGAGCUCCAUACCAGUGGCCAUUCCCCUGCGCUCCCAGCCGCUAAUGGAGGCCCCGAGGCGGGGAUUCGUCUACACUACGCAUGUGGAGCAACGCUGGUGAGAAUCCAUCUGGUAUAUAUAGCAUCUAGUAUGUUAUA